UUAUAAACCCAGAACAACUGCAAGGAGGGUUAGCUUGUUUAUAACUGACAGAAAUAUAGGGUAAAACACCUGUUAUCGCGGAAUAAUCUAACGGUUACAUUCCGUUUCUCAUUUCUGAUAUAAAGUAAACGUUUACGUCUGAAUCUACUGUAAUAUGGGAAAAGAAAAUCUGUGGCUUCUUGUGAUUGGGAUUUCUGUGAUAAAGAGCUGCGAAUCUUUAAAUACGACAACCGAGUCAGUUUUCUCCAGCAACACCACUCUUUACACUGAAGACUACAGUGACAUCGAGACCAAGUUUUCACUGCGGACAUCAGAAUAUCCAGACGAGGACCUCUGCUACCUUAUCCUCGGGCAGCAGGACACAAUCUCCGAAUGCGGAUUCAACAUCAGCUCGCGAACCUUUGUGAUCAUCCACGGCUGGUCGGUGGCAGGGCUGUUUGAGAGCUGGGUCUACAAGUUCGUGACGGCAUUUUAUGAGCGAGAGCCCAGUGCCAAUAUCAUUGUAGUGGACUGGCUAGAUCGGGCAAGCCAACACUACCCCAUCUCUGCGGAAAACACAAGACUGGUGGGCAAGGAUGUGGCCAAAUUUAUCAACUGGCUGGAGGACCUGGAGUAUCCCCUGGACAAACUUCACCUGCUUGGCUACAGCUUGGGAGCACAUGUGGCCGGAGUAGCUGGAAACCUCAUGAACCACAAAGUCAACAGAAUCACAGGCCUUGACCCAGCGGGUCCCCGUUUUGAGCAUGCAGAAGAAAUCAGUCGUCUGUCUUCAGACGAUGCCAACUUUGUGGAUGUCUUGCACACCAACACCAGAGGCACGCCGGACCUGAGCAUUGGGAUCCAGAAGCCUGUGGGACAUGUUGACAUCUACCCCAAUGGCGGCACCUAUCAGCCUGGCUGCAGUCUUAAGAAUACUAUGAAGAUGAUUGCCACCUAUGGCAUAAACAAUAUGGACCAGCUUGUGAAGUGCUCUCAUGAGAGAUCCAUUCAUCUGUUCAUCGACUCCCUGGUGAACCUGCAGCACCAAAGCCUGGCGUACCGCUGCAGCUCCAAGGAGGCUUUCUACAAGGGCCUGUGCCUGAGCUGCCGCAAGAACCGCUGCAACAAGCUGGGUUACGGCGUCAACAAGAUACGCACCACCAGAAGUGCCAAGAUGUACCUCAAGACCAGAGAGCUGAUGCCUUACAAAGUUUUCCACUACCAGGUGAAAGUCCAUGUGUUCGGUCAGAAAAACUUCAGUGUUGUGGAACAGCCCAUGCUCGUGUCCCUUUACGGAACCCACGGGGAUCAGGAGGGAAUCCCCGUCACUGUGCCAAACAUGUCCACCAACACCACAAUCUCUUUCCUCGUGGUCUCUGAUGUGGACGUCGGCGAGCUGCUGAUGGUGAAGCUGAAGUGGGAGAAAGACUCAUACCUGUCUGGCUUCUUCGGCUCAAAUGAGUUCAUGAUUCGCAGGCUGCGCAUCAAAUCUGGGGAAACUCAGUCCAAGCUAAUUUUCCUCUCAAAAGUGGGGGAGCUUGCAUACCUGACUCAGGGUGGAGAAGACGCCAUCUUUGUGAAGUCUAAGGAGGACCAAGAGAGCCGGAGAGAGGCAAGGCUCCACAGGCUGAAGAUGCAUGGCAGUUUCUUCAAUCAGGCCACAGAGUGAAUCAACAGCAUGUGUGUGAAGAUGAGCUGCUCAGGGGUCGACUAUGCUUCCAGAACAGAUUUUGCACCAAAAUCAAAGUCUGGUUAUUAACCAGACGUGGUUUUCGAUGACAAUGCAAAGUGUGUUGAUGAACAAUAUGCUUCUAUGUAUUUACAGUGUACUGUGCACUUAUCUAGCAUGACAGUAUUUAAUGUACUAAGAUCACUUCAUAGGGAUAGAAAGUGAUAUGAUUCGAAAAAAUAAUGCAUAGGUUGUUGAAUGUAUCCGUGAUGAAGUAUUGUUAAAUCAUUGUUUGAUUUCAACUUUAUGAUAAGACUAUAGAUCUCAUGUAGGCUUAUAAUCAGGAAGUCAAUAAAGUAACAGUGAUGCGAUAUCACCUGUGAACUACCUCUGCAUGUUUUUACCUGUUACAGUAGAAAACAUUCCAGUUAGAAAUUCCAAAUUCUUAUUAUUUGUUCCCUCUUGGUUUAAACAACCAAGUCUAAACUGGUCCUUACCCCAUCUCUCUGGAGAUGUAAAUACACACCCCUUCAGGGCAAUCCCUUUCUCUUUUUUUAAACAUAUGUUGUUUCCUUGCACAUGGUAAGUUUGUAAUAUAAUUAUACUGACAUUUGAUAUUUUCUUGGUGUACAUUUUGAUUCAUCAGAUACUGCAUGGAAUAAUUUUUUGGAGCCAUAAAGUUAUUAUAUAUUGUAGUGAUCUUUCAAUCUAUCAUCCUCAGGUGCUUAUACCCUAAGCUUGGUAAUGAUUUUGUAUAUAGAUCAUAUCAAAAUCCACAAUUAAAUCUAUUAAGUCAAUCCA